AUGGCGACCUCGACGGGCUUGGUGCUCGCAAGCACUCCAAUCCCGAAAGUGAGAGUCAUUGCCUUCAACAGACCGGAGAAGAGGAAUGCUCUCUCGCAGCCGCUUAUCGACCAAUUUCUACAAGAGCUGUCUUCUGCAGCGCGAGAUUCGGGCAUUCAUGCGAUUGUCAUCACUGGAAGUGCAUCUGUCUUUUCAGCUGGCGCAGACAUAAAGGAGAUUGCAUCGUUGGAUGCAGAAGCGGCGCAACGGUGCAGAUACCUCGAGGACCUCUGCAAUGGCAUGCAAUCAGUCCGGAAGCCUCUGCUCGCUUCUGUCGAGGGCAUGGCGCUCGGUGGGGGAUUUGAAGUCGCAUUGAUGUGCGACCUUAUCAUGACAUCACAUCAAGCCCAAUUUGGCUUGCCAGAAGUCAAGAUAGGGUUGAUUCCUGGGGCUGGUGGUACCCAAAGGUUGACAAAUACCGUGGGCAAGUUCAAAGCAAUGGAAAUGAUCCUCCUCGGAACCUCCAUCACAUCUCAAGAGGCAAAGUCCUACGGCCUGGUUGCCGAUAUCUUCGAGCCUGGGACUGUCCUCGAAAACUCGCUCACAGUCGCUGCCAGACUAGCGGAGCUGAGCCCGGGGGCACUGUCCUUGGCCAAAGAAGCCAUUCGCAGGAGUGACGAUAAAGGUCGUGACGAUGACUUCGAGCGCAGCCUCUACUACUCGGCAUUUAGUUCAUCCCACAAAAAGGAAGGUAUUUCCGCCUUCCUCGAGAAGCGAUCGCCAAAAUGGCAGUAA